CAAAUCUCCCCAACAUUGUGGUGCUCGUGCAUCCGCGGUUCUUCUACUGCGCGUUCACGACUCCGGCUCACUCACUGCAUGAUGGCCGAGGGAGGCGGACCCGAGUCGGGUAGCGCGGCAGACCCCGAGCCCGAGUCUGUAGCCGCUCAAAUACCGACACCUUCAACCGAGAGUCAAAAACAGAGUAUUGGAACACUUCUCAAAACAACUCUACGAAAGAGCGACGAGUGGUUUCUGAUUGAUAGUCGGUGGUUCAAGCAGUGGAAGAAAUAUGUGGGAUUUGACAGUUGGGAUAUGUACAAUGUUGGAGAGCACAGUCUCUAUCCCGGCCCUGUUGACAACUCUGGCCUGUUCUCAGACCAUGAGACCCAGAUCCUGAAGGAGCACCUUAUAGAUGAGUUGGACUAUGUCCUAGUGCCCACUGAGGCGUGGAACAAGUUUGUCAGCUGGUAUGGUUGCCUUGAGGGCCAGCGUCCCAUCGUCAGAAAGGUGGUUGAACACGGCAUGUUUGUCAAGCACUGUAAAGUGGAGGUCUAUCUGUUGGAGCUCAACUUGUGUGAGAAUGACAACAUGGACAAUGUGGUCACACGUCAUUUCAGCAAAGCUGACACUAUAGACACCAUAGAGAAGGAGAUGCGGUCACUAUUUGAGAUCCCAACGGGGAAGGAGACUCGACUGUGGAACAAGUACAUGAGCAACACGUACGAGCAGCUGAACAAGCCAGACAGCACCGUACAGGAUGCUGGUCUCUUCCAGGGCCAGGUGCUCGUGAUUGAAUGCAAGAACGAGGACGGCACGUGGCCCAGACAAGCCUCCCAUCCAAAAUCCAGUACGGCUACAUCCAGGAAUUUCACUACCUCUCCAAAGCUCUCUUCCAACUCGUCGACAACCAUCUCCUCAACAGUAACAAAUGGGGACAGCAGCAGCAACUCUGGCUAUACACUGAACAACAGCACCUCCUCUGGCAAUAGAUUGGGAGGUUACAAUUCAUACAGCUCCUCCUACAACUACAGAGAGUCACCAUCCCAACCUGGCCUCUGUGGUCUCAGUAACCUAGGCAACACCUGUUUUAUGAACUCCGCUCUUCAGUGCCUGAGCAACGCGUGUCCUCUCACGGAGUACUUCCUAGAUGACCAGUAUGAGGCGGAGAUCAACCGGGAGAAUCCAUUAGGAAUGAGGGGGGAGAUCGCAGAGGCCUAUGCAGACCUGGUCAAGCAGAUGUGGCUUAGCCGCAGCAGCUAUGUGGCUCCCCGCACCUUUAAAACCCAAGUGGGUCGCUUCGCCCCCCAGUUUUCAGGAUACCAGCAGCAGGACUCCCAGGAGUUGCUGGCCUUCCUGAUGGACGGGCUCCAUGAAGACCUGAACCGUGUUAAAAAGAAGCCUUACCUGGCCCUGCAAGAUGCGGGGGGGCGGCCAGACGAGAUUGUAGCUAAGGAAGCAUGGACUAAUCAUCGCCUGCGCAAUGACUCAAUCAUCGUGGACAUAUUCCAUGGCCUGUUCAAAUCCACUCUGGUGUGUCCAGAAUGUGCCAAGAUCUCUGUGACUUUUGAUCCAUUCUGCUACCUCACACUCCCUCUGCCCAUGAAGAAGGACCGCACUAUGGAGGUGUUCUUGGUCCGCAUUGACCCCCAGUCCAGACCCACACAGUACCGAGUGGUGGUCCCCAAGCUUGGCUCAGUGACAGACCUGUGCAGCGCCUUGUCCCGGCUUUCUGGAAUCCUCGCUGAGAAUGGACUCCAGUUGAGAGGAAACCAUAAAUGCUCCCUCCUGUCUUCCAAGAUGGUGGUGGCUGAUGUUUACAAUCACCGGUUCCACAAGAUCUACAGACGAGACGACGGACUCAACCAAAUCAUGGAGAAAGAUGACAUAUUUGUGUAUGAGGUGGCGGAGGAGGACAGGGAGAGGAUGAACCUGCCUGUGUACUUCAGAGAGCGCCACUCCAAACACACAGGCGGCUCCACGGGAACCAUGCUGUUCGGCCAGCCCCUCCUCAUCACUGUUCCCCGGCAGAACCUGGCUGCUGACAUGCUCUACGAGAAGGUGCUGGAGAGGAUCGGGCGCUACGUGAAUCGCGCUCAGAGCUCCACCAGUGAGGGGAGGGUGAAUGCCUCUGCCUCCUCGGCCAGCUGCAGCCUGGCAGCUGAGUGCUCCGCAUCAUCCUCCAAUCACAACACUGCAGGGAGUGGUAGCCCCCUGUCAGAAGGGGCGUCCUGCAGCUCCAGCAACGGCAGCAACCACUCCGGGACCUCCAACAGGUCCAACGGGAAUGGUGUGUGUGAGGGUGAGGAGGAGGCCAUGGAUCACCAGGUGAGCCCGGAGCCAGAGAACGGACAGUCGGGGGAGGAGGAGGAAGCCUCAGACCUGGAGAAUGGCCCUAAAACCAAACAGUGCUCCAGCACCCCGCCCAAACUCUUCUCCUUCAGCAUGGUCAACUCCUACGGAACGGCCAACAUCAGUCCACUGCCUUGUGACGGAAACUUCCUCAAACUCAAUACACAUUCCACAGUGGCGAUUGACUGGGACUCGGACACAAAGAAACUGUGUUACGACGAUCAGGAAGCAGAGGCCUAUGAGAAGCACGAGAGCAUGCUGCAGGCCCAGAAGAAGAAAGCCACAGUGGCUCUGAGGGAAUGCAUGGAGCUCUUCACCACCAUGGAGACGCUAGGAGAGCAUGACCCAUGGUAUUGCCCCACCUGUAAGAAGCACCAACAAGCCACAAAGAAGUUUGACUUGUGGUCGUUGCCUCGCAUCCUGGUGGUCCACCUAAAGCGUUUCUCAUACAACCGCUGCUGGAGGGACAAGCUGGACACUGUGGUGGACUUCCCUGUCAGGGACCUGAACAUGUCUGAGUUUGUGUGUGACCCCAAGGCCGGCCCCUAUGUUUAUGACCUCAUAGCAGUCUCCAACCACUAUGGAGGAAUGGGAGGAGGCCACUACACAGCCUACGGCAAGAACAAAGCUGAUGGGAAGUGGCAUUACUUUGAUGACAGCAGUGUCUCAGCUGCCUCAGAGGAUCAGAUUGUGACAAAAGCAGCCUACGUGCUAUUUUACCAACGCAGAGACGCGGGCGAUGUCCCUGCCAAGCCUCCGCCCUCUGCCUCUCUGGGGGGUGCCACCGCUGAAGCAGCCGAUCACAUGGAUACCAACUGAGCAGCGCUGAUGCUCAGGGACAUGCACUGAAGCAGAAAAUAAUGACAAAAGAGAUACUUUGAUGCACACACCAAGCUACUUCAGUGACAUAAGACUUCUCAGUCGAUAUUAUUAACUCCCCCCAGCCCUGUGUUUUAUUUUGCUCAUACAUCGUCACAAAGAGCCAAAAGCCUUGUUGGAUGCGUGACCCUCGAGACUCCCUCCCAGAGCUGGUGGCCUGCUGAUGUAUGAAACCUAGUUUACUCGUUUGGAAAAAAUAAGGGGAAUAGAAGGCAAAGAAUCCUCUCACUGGACAAACAGAAUGUUAGUUGUACCCUAAAAUGCAUAGGUAUUAUUAACACAAACUUUUCUGUUACCCACUAGAAAAGUACAAAAUAAAAAAAGCCAAAUGAGAAUCUUGUUUUUACCAAAGUGUUCCAAAUUGUUCAUCGUAAACAACUGUACCAACUUCACUGACGGAUUGGGGGAAAGAGAAACCUGUCCUUGAGUUGUCUCUGAGUGGUAUCUGUGAUGAUAACGCUCCAGUGCAGGGUGAAUUUAUGCAAAGUUGUAUUUAACAUUGAAAUAUGCACACAAUUCAACACAUGACACCGGUGGAUCCUGUGACCUUCUACCUCCUGUGAAUGGAUCCAGUUAGAAAGUCACACUGGAUGUGUUCCCUCUACACACUCACAGAAACAAACGCACUCAGGCCCUCUCAUUUUAGUCUUUCUCUGGGUUGGCUUGCAGGGCCUGUGUUUAAUUGAUCAAGGUCCUGUUUACUGGGCCUUGAUGUAAGCUGUGGCAGAGGCUAUUUAUUUUCAUAGACACAAGUUCAGUCAGACCUUAGCGCCUGCUCUUUAUGAAGCCCAGCAUGCUAACUCUCUCAUUCAUACACUGCCCUCUGUAUUUAUUUGGACAGUGAAGCUAAAAUAUGUACAUUUGCUCUAUUUUCCAGCAUUUUGGAUUUGAGAUCAAAUGUUUCAUGAGGCGACAGUACAGAAUGACACAUAUUUCGUACAUCUGUUUUAUCAUUUAGAAAUGAAAGCACUCAGUCUAGUUUUUUUUUUUUCUCCACAAGUGCACAAAUUUACUGGAACAGAGAGCCAAGUGUACAAUUGUUUGCUUCACUGUACAAAUAAAUAUUGUGGGAAGGGUACCCCUUUUUCUCUGAGAAGUCUCAUCCUGAUAAAGGUGUGCUGUGCCCCCUCGUCACACAAAAGCAACAGCGGCCUUUUAAUCCUGCAACCUGUUUAAAAAGGAGGCACUUCUAGUUUUACUUUAGUCACAUCUGAAAUUUUAAAUAUGUAUGACGUGGCGAGGCCCUGACCAUUUGUACAUUUCUGGAUAAUUUUGCUGUAGUUUAGAAGAAAAUUUGAUUGCUGACUGAAUGGACCCCCUCGACUGCCCCGCUAUGACUUAUCCUUAGACUACCUGUCCUGUAUGGUAUUACGGUCCUGCAUUGAAAUUGCUUUUGUUUUUUCUUAAAAGCACACUGCGUGAUGCAAAAUGUGAUGUGUAUGAAAGGUGCUAAAUUUAUGAAACUUGAAAUUGUUGCUGUUCACAAGGCUCCUAUCCGUUAAAUAGAAUUUGGACAGCAAUAACUUAAAGGGGUCCUCAGUGUGUUUAGGACUGCAGGCAUCUGUGUUCUCUCAACAAUGGACUUUCAGACAACCAAUCAGCUGUUAAAUAAAAUAUGUUGGUGACAUGA